AUGCACCUCUCCUUUUGCUUAGCAGAUCCAAUGGUCAUCAAGAAAUCAAAUGCUACUGCAAAAAUGCUUGUUUUGCCACUGAAAACUCAAGAAAUUCCAUCCGGUUCUCUCCCAAGAAGUCCCGAUAAGCUUUCCUUCACUCACAAUGUAACUCUUACAGUGUCGUUAGCAGUGGGCUCGCCUCCACAAAAUGUUACCAUGGUCCUCGACACAGGGAGUGAACUAUCAUGGCUACUCUGCAACACGACUCGAGUAAACAGACCCGUAUUUGACCCGACCCGGUCAUCGUCUUACUCACCUGUAACUUGUUCUUCACCCACUUGCACGACCCGGACCCAAGACUUCUCCAUACCCGCUUCCUGUGAUUCCAAGAACCUCUGCCAUGCUAUACUCUCAUAUGCUGACGCUUCAUCGUCGGAAGGAAAUCUUGCUUUGGAUACGUUUAAUAUUGGCGGGUCGAUAUUUUCGGAUACCAUAUUCGGGUGCAUGGAUUCGGGUUUUAGUAGCAACACAGAUGAGGAUUCCAAGACCACCGGGUUAAUGGGUAUGAACCGUGGAUCCCUCUCUUUUGUUUCCCAAAUGGGCUUCAAGAAAUUCUCUUAUUGCAUUUCGGGUUCGGAUUUGUCCGGCGUUCUAUUAUUGGGUGAUUCCAAUUAUACUUGGUUUUUGCCCUUGAAUUACACUCCCUUGAUCCAAAUCUCUACCCCAUUACCUUAUUUUGAUAGGGUGGCUUACACUGUCCAACUCGAGGGUAUUAGAGUCGAAGAAAAAUUGCUGCAAUUACCCAAGUCCAUAUUCGAACCUGAUCACACCGGGGCGGGUCAAACCAUGGUUGAUUCAGGUACCCAGUUUACUUUUCUACUAGGGCCGGCUUACACAGCUUUGAAGAACGAGUUUAUGGACCAAACUAGAACAAUUUUACGGGUAUUGGAUGAUCCGAAUUUCGUGUUCCAAGGAGCAUUUGAUUUGUGUUUUCUUAUCCCAGUUAAUCAAACUAGUCUACCCACAUUGCCCUCAGUUAGUUUAAUGUUUCGUGGUGCCGAAAUUAAGGUAUCAGAUAAUCGAUUGCUCUAUCGAGUUUCGGGUGAAGUUAGAGGAAAUGAUUCUGUACAUUGCUUCACAUUUGGGAACUCUGAUCUCCUAGCAAUCGAGUCGUACAUUAUAGGCCAUCAUCAUCAACAAAACGUGUGGAUGGAAUUUGAUCUCGAGAAGUCAAGGAUGGGUGUUGCUCAAGUAAGAUGUGAUUUGGCAGGACAAAGAUUUGGCGUUUAUCAUCAUUGA